AUGACGGGGACAGCGCAGUACCGUCCAGCCACAGCGCUUAAGCCCAUGGGAGCCGCAGGACUCACAUGGGCCUGCAGCGGCCAGAGCGAGUCCCAGGCCGUGGUGGGGCGAGUCGGGGAGAGCACGGUGCUGGGCUGCGACCUCCUGGACGCCCACGAGGCCCGUCCCCCUCUCUACGUGAUCGAGUGGGUCCGCUUCGGCUUCGUCCUCCCCAUCUUCAUCAAGUUCGGGCUGUACUCGCCGCGGGUGGACCCAGAGUACAUAGGUCGUGUGCGGAUCGAGGAAGGUGCCUCGCUGCGCAUUGACCUCCUGCGUGCCGAGGACCAAGGCUGGUACGAGUGCCGCGUGCUCUUCCUUGACCGGCACAGCACCGAUGCUGACUUCCAGAACGGCACCUGGAUCCACCUCACUGUCAACGCACCCCCCACUUUCCUGGAAACCCCCCCUGCAUUUGUGGAGGUGCAGGACCGGGACGCACUGAGCCUUACCUGCACAGCUGUUGGCAACCCCCAGCCUGUUGUCAUCUGGAAGAGGAGCGACCUGACUGUGCAGAGUGGGGACACAGUGCAGGUGAGGAACGGGACGCUGAGCAUUGCUGUUGUGGAGCGCGCCAGCGCAGGCACUUAUACCUGCCAUGCUUCCAGCAAGGAGGGUACCAUCACCCACACCACCCGUGUACUCGUGCAGGGGCCACCUAUCAUUGUGGUGCCACCCCAGAACGUCACCGUCAAUGUCUCCCAAGAUGCCUUUCUGGCGUGCCAGGCUGAGGCGUACCCAGGAAACCUCACCUACACCUGGUUCCAGGGCAGCAGCAACGUCUUCCACCUCAGCCACCUCCAGGCUCGGGUCCGCGUCCUGGUGGAUGGGAGUCUCUUGCUCCAGCGAACGACCCCAGACGACGCCGGCAAAUACACCUGCAUCCCCAGCAAUGGGCUGUGGAAGCCGCCUUCUGCCUCAGCCUUCGUCACAGUGCUGUAUCCAGCGCAGGUGACCACCAUGCUCCCAGAGACCCACCUGCCUAAGGGGAUGCAGGGUGUGAUCCGCUGCCCCACCAGGGCCAACCCCCCUCUGCUCUCCGUCAGCUGGACGAGGGAUGGGCGCCCACUGGAGCUGGACAAGCUCCCUGGCUGGUCCACAAGACCAGAUGGCUCCAUCGUCAUUGCGAUGGGGAACGACGAUGCGCUGGGAGUGUACACGUGUACCCCAUACAACAGCUAUGGCACUGCUGGCGAGUCCCGGCCCACACGUGUCCUGCUGAAGGACCCCCCUGCCUUCACAGUGCGCCCUAAGGAGGAAUACUUCCAGGAGGUGGGCCGGGAGCUGGUGAUCCCCUGCGCCGCCCAUGGGGAUCCCCCCCCAACUGUCACCUGGCUGAAGGUGGGUAGCAUGGGGAAGAGUGGUGCCCAGGUGGAUGCGAACAGCAGCCUCAUCUUCCGCCCACUCAUCAAGGAGCAGCAUGGUGUCUGGGAGUGCACGGCCACCAACUUGGUGGCCAGUGUCAGCACCACCACCUCUGUCCACGUGCUGGGUACCAGUCCUCACGCUGUCACUAACGUCUCUGUGCUCCCACUCCUGCUGGCAGCCAAUAUCUCCUGGGAGCCGGGGUUUGACGGGGGUUAUUUCCAGAGGUUCAGCGUCUGGUACACACCGUUGGUGAAGCAUCCACCCCGGGCCCAUCAUGACUGGGUGUCACUCUCUGUGCCAGUGGGGGCUCAGCACCUCUUGGUGGAGAAUCUGCAGCCAGACUUAAGCUACCAGUUCAGCGUCCUGGCCCAGAACAAGCUGGGCAGUGGCCCCUUCAGCCAGAUUGUCACCUCUGUGCCCAGGGGCUUCCCAGUGACCACAGUGCCUCCAGAGCCGCCAGCCAUGACCAUGCGCAUCUUCCUGUCCCCGCCGCAGGCUCUGACCGCCAAUGAGACUGCGCGUGGGGUCCUGCUGCAGUGGGAGCCCCCGGCUCAGUUCUCAGUGGCGCUGAGCGGCUAUGCGCUGGAGCUGCGGCAGGGCAAGGGUGGCUGGGAGGUGCUGGACCGCUCCAUCCCUAGCACGAAGACGCAGGUGCUGGUGCCAGGACUCAUCAAGGACGCCUUCUAUGAGUUCCGACUGGUGGCCUUUGCUGGCAGCUACAUCAGCGAUCCUAGCAACACGGUGAAUGUCUCCACAGCAGGCAUGGAGGUGUAUCCAUCUCGCACCCAGCUGCCAGAGCUCCUGCCGCAGCCAGUGCUGGCCGGGGUCAUCGGUGGGAUCUGCUUCCUCAGCGUGGCCAUCAUCUUCAGCACAAUGGCCGCCUGCAUCAUGAACCGCCGGCGUGCUGCCCGCAUCCAGAAGCGAAGGCAAGAUCCACCACUCGUCUUCUCCCCCAGCAAGAAGCUUCCACCUCCACACAAUUCUCAUGGCUCUGGUAGCCCAGACAGCACCGUGAAGCUGAAGCUGCAGCCGUCUCCCUACCAGAGCCUGCGCCGGACGCUGCUGUGGGGUGAGAAGGCCGGCACCAGCCUGGGUCUCAGCAUCGCCGGGGCCGGCUCCCGGUACGCCAUGUAUGAGAGCCACGUCGGGGAGCAUGUGCCCCUGGAGCGGAUCUGCCGUGGCCCCGACGGGCGCUUUGUGGUGGAGACUGACACGCAGCCACAGGAGAGCAGCUUCGGGUCGCUGCCCUAUGCUGAGCCAGGGCUGUACCCCCAGCAGGACCCCCAGGGCCCACAGCCCCAGCCCUACCUCCAGCUGCCCACAGAGGAGGAGGAGGAGGAGGAGGAGGAGGAGCACAUCUGGCACAAGGGGGUCUCACUGCGCCCCCGGCCCAUGGGGCAGGCCCGCCGGGGAGCCCGGGCCGCCAGCUACCGCCAGGGCCGCUACUUCGGCUAUGGCAGCAGCAGCCCCGUGGAUGAGGCCGCGCCAUUGUGCAUUAUCAACAUCAGCCCCGUGGCCUCCGCCGCGACUCUGCCUUACAGCGCUGUGGAGGAGCUGCGCGACAGCCCCAGCAGCACCGGGCCCUGCCAGAGCACUGCCAGCGCCCUGUGGGACUCGCUGCCCCUCGAGGGCUCCCCCCGGCUGCCUCUCGGCCCCCCGGCUUCCCCCAGCCCCAGCCUUGGGUGCAGCUGGCAGCCGGCCAGCCCUCCAGCCCAGAGCGGGAUCCUCCAGUACCUGAGCCUGCCUUUCUUCAAGGAGAUGUGUGUCGAUGGUGACUGGCCGCCCCCAGAGGAGCCAGCAGAGCCCAGCCAUGCUGGUGGCCAGCCAGAGCCCGCUGACAGCCCACCACCCACCCCAUCAGAGUCUGGGGGCUCCCUGCAGCACGUGGGGCGGACGCUGUGCCCGGACUGCAUCGACACCUGUGCCAACGCCACCUCUCCCCCAGCUGCCACUUUCCUCAAACCCCCCAUGCUGCCGGUGGGUCCGGCCAAGGCCUCGCUGCCUGGCACUGCUGCCUGGCCCAGCUCCCCCAGCCCGGGGGCCAGCCUGUGGCCCCCCACCCAGCUGGCCCACCGCCUCCCCAUUGGUGGCAGCAGGACUGAGGCCAUGCCCUCAGCUGGCACCAUAGAGCCUGGCUGGGCACCGGGCAGGCCGCCGGAUCCCGCCCCCCUGGAGAAGCUGCCACGGGGCAGUUUGACCAGCCAGAGCAGCGGCCGGGGCAGUGCCUCCUUCCUGCGGCCCCCCUCGCUGGCACCAUCCCUGGGGGGAAACUGCCUGGGCACCCCACUCAGGGACAGGGGCAGCUGGCACGGUGGAGGCUUGGCAGCGGAGGAGGGCAGGGCAAGGAUGGAUCCAGCCCUCAGUGGCACCGGAAAGAGGAGGAACACCUCGGUGGACGAGAACUAUGAGUGGGAUGCAGAGUUUGCCCUGGAGUCGGACAUCCUCGAGGCGCUGCAGCUCUACCGCAGCGGGGACCCGGCACAGCCUGUCUCCACCAUCGUCCUGCGUGACCUGGAGCGGCAGAAGCCUGGCGGCGGUGGCUCCUCCCCGGUGAGCUCGGUGUCAGCGGAGGCGUUGGCGGCGGCAGCGGGCGGCCCCCCGGAGCGCAGCAGGGCCCUGCGCCAGGAGCUGGCAGCGUCCCGGCACCGCAGGGAGGUGGCCCGGCAGCGGCUGGGUCCCCGCGGGUGCUGCGCCGAGCGCUUUGAGCUGGCCACGCUGCUCUAG